AUGUCUUCGACAUCCGCGCCGCCAGCGCUGCCAAACAACCUCAUCGCCUUUGGCCCCGAUGCCAACUGCACCCUCGCCCUGUGCCCGGUCGAAUGGAGCGUCUACCAGUACCGGCCCUCCCUGGCGGCCAACAUUACCUUUCUCGUCCUCUUUGCCAUUGCCGGUGCAGUCCACAUCUUUCUCGGCGUCAAGUGGAGAAGCUGGGGGUUCAUGUCGUUUAUGAUCUUUGGCUGUCUGGUUGAGAUGAUUGGCUACGUCGGCCGCAUCAUCCUCUACAACAACCCGUUCUCCUUUGGCGGCUUCAUGAUCCAGAUUGUCUUCAUCACGACUGGGCCUGUCUUUUACACGGCCUCCAUCUAUGUUACCCUGUCGAAGACUAUCGAGCAUCUGGCACCGCGGCUCUCUCGCUUCAAGCCGAAGCUCUUCUACUGGAUCUUCAUCCCCGCGGACCUGGUGUGCCUUGUCCUCCAGGCUGCAGGCGGCGCCCUGUCCACCACCAGCUCCGGGUCCAGCAACACCGGCGUCGACAUCGCAAUGGCCGGACUCGCUCUGCAGGUGGCCGUGCUCUUCAUCUUUUCUCUGCUGUUCGCCGACUACAUGUUCCGCUACACCCGUGACGCAGCCACGCCUCCGCUGAGCACGAGGAUGCGCCUCUUCUUCAGCGGCCUGAGCCUCGCCAUCGCCUUGAUCCUCGGGCGGUCCAUCUACCGGUGCUACGAGCUCAGCAAGGGCUACAGGGAUUCGGACCUGAUCACGGACCAAGGGCUCUUUAUUGGCCUCGAGGGAGUGCUCAUUGUCGUCGCCGUGUUUGCCUUGUGCGUUGGUCACCCUGGAUUGUUCUUCAGCCCGAAAGCAAGGACACAACCGUCCACGAGCUCUUCGGACGUGGAGAAGUAA